AUGGCUACACGAUCAUUAGUCGUAGGAGGAACGGGUGGCAUUGGCUUCGCCAUUGCCUGCCGCCUCGCCGCAGCUUCGGCAUCCUCACAAGUGACUAUCAGUGGCCGCACCGAACCCAAGGACGUCCCUCACCCCAACAUCAAGUUCCGCGCCUUGGACGCAUCUUCCAUGCGCUCCAUCAAGCGAUACACGGACGACUACAAGUCCCUCCAAGACCCACAACUCGACUUGCUCGUCCUCACCCAAGGCAUUCUCACCAUGGCAGGUAGAACCGAGACGUCAGAGGGAAUCGACCGCAAGAUGGCCCUUCACUACUACGGCAGGCAGCUUCUCAUCCGCGAGCUGAGCCCCAUCCUAAAGGACGAUGCCAAAGUCCUCAUCGUCCUUGAUAGCACCCGCGGAAGCCCGACGAAGCUGAUUUGGGACGACUUGGACCUGAAGAAGAACUUCAGCUUGCAAAAAGCAGCGGACCACUGCCUGUCCAUGACGGACGCCAUGAUCCAGGCCUAUGCGGCCGAGAACAAGGACAAGAGGCAACACUUCAUCCACGCGUACCCUGGCAUCGUACAGACCAAUCUCUUCCAUACCAUGCCGUGGUAUCUUCGGACUGCGACAAAACUCCUGACCAAUGUGAUGGGCGUACCGGCCGAUACCUGCGCCGAGAGACUUCUGGAGGGAGUGGACGGGGCCUCGGGGAAGGACGGCGCAUCUUGGAGUUGUAUCGAUCAAAAUGGUAAGGUUGUCGGCAACAAGGCUAUUUUCACUGAGGAGGAUUUGAAAAAGGUCAAAGAUCACACUUGGAAGACGAUUGACGAGGCACUUGCAGUCCCCAACCAAGGCAGGCACGUAACUGCCAUCGCUUACGAAGAUCUCGAUCCACAUUAUUCAUGCCCUAUCAGCUACCAUGGAGGGGAUCGGGUUUGCCAUCUUCCAACCCCGGAAGGGAACGACCCCGGCAUCCCGGUAAUUGUGCAAAAUCUCUCAUACAUGAACCGUCAGGCACUAAUAGGCAAACUAUCAGCCGAGGGAGCAAACAAGCAAACACAACGGCCAAAAGAAAAGGAAAAGCGGGGUCUGCAAAAGGAAUAUGAAGCGGGCGGCACAACGGAUCAGUAUUCCGAGGAAAGGGGCAAACACCCUUGGCACUUUUGGGUAGAUUUCAUGUGGUUUUCAUCAAAGACCAGGAUCAUCACGCCGCUAAAGUGGCAAACGCUGAGGAAGCUGGCAGCUAUUUCUGGUUGGCGCAAGUUAACGUCUUCAUUAUCAAACAGACGCAGCAUUGAGUGCAUCAUAAUCAGCAACUCUCCAACCACACCGCCCACAACAUCAAUGGACGGGAGCAAUUUCUGUCUCCCUUGCUUCGAACGUGGCGUAUUAUGCCAGUCGCACCCGAAGAAUGGGCCGAAUGGCCCAACACCGCCCCGGUCCGCGGCAUCAUCGAUAACGGAGGAGACCGAAACACGCAGGAGCCCGGCAACGAGCCAUGAUAUCCGCCGCAGCCCUGAUUCAACCUGCCGGCAUGCCUCGGCUGCCCCACCUCAAAUAUCCAAGAAAGAUCAUAUGAAGACGCUUCAAUCAAGGAUUGCCACUCUUGAACGGCGCCUUGCGAGAAGUAGUAGGAGCGGUUCAAUCGAGGUCAAUAAAGCCCUGAGGCGGAGUUGCGAAUCUUCAACAAGCUCGGACCUUCAUGGCUCCAGUCUUGAUAGUCAUCGAGAGACCUUGUCUGUUGCUACGGACUACUUCACUUCUUUAUCUGACGCGGACUUGACCUACCCGGCACGAUCAGAUGUCCCAACUCAGACAUCCACUCCUGUAGAUUCCACCUCACUGCCUAUCAUCGCCAACGAUGCCUUCAACUACACGGGCGUGCUUCCGACGUUGCCGGCUCAGGCGCUUGACACCUUUCGGGAUAUUGGGCCCUUAAUGAGAGCUGAUCUUGACCAGCUCUACUUCGACAGAGUUCACUCAUUUACACCGUUCUUACACCAAUCCUCGUACAUUCGCAUAUCAAAGCAUUUGGAAAAGAGACCAACAAUGAACAGCCGCUCUACUUCGGACGAAUCCAAACUUUCACAUACAUGUCUACAGUACGCAAUGUGGGCGAUGGCGUCUUCACUGUCGUCGCAGUUUCAACAUCUGUGCGACACCAUGUAUCGCGAAGCCCUCGACCGCCUCGGGAAUCUUGACUCUCCUGGCAUUCCAAUGGAUAAAGAGGAGGGUUUGUUAAAGCAGACCCAGGCGUGGAUUCUCAUCUCUAUGUAUGAGCUGAUGGCAGUCGGCUUCCACCGCGCAUGGGUGAGUACGGGGCGAGCGAUACGCCUGAUACGGCUCCUGCGCCUGAGCAAUAUCGAUUCAAGUUGCUCCAAAGCCUCCGGAUCAGCCGAGGACUCAGAUUACUUUGUCGAGAAAGAGGAGAAGAGAAGGACGUUCUGGAUGGUAUUUUGUCUAGAUACUGUUAUUUGCUUGGCGCAUGAUCUGCCCCGGACGUUCACUGAAUCUGAGGUACGCACUCAACCCCUCCGCACGCCCACCAUCUCUCUCUUUCUCUCAGAAGCUAUGGAGCUACAGACAGCAGCAAAGCAACAUCCGUUCUUGGAAUUCAUUCUAUCCAUCUCAAUGUCCGAGCAGAUUCAAGCCCACAAGAAUCGAUCGGGGAUUGGACAUGAAAGUGGGAGGUCGCCUGCCCAAUUUUCGGAGCGCCACAUGUUUGUGGACUCCGUCCUGACGCGGCAGAUUUUCCGUCUGCAGGGCCUCCCCGUAUCUCAUCGCGCUGGAUCUAUGACAUUACUUACCAGGAUAGUAGCCCAAGUAGCGUCACUAUCACUUCUGGAGGUGGCCGCAACGAUGCCGGAUACUACUGCAGAGUACCAUCAUCUCGUCGAUGGCUGUGAGGAAAGAGCUAUCCACCCAUUUACGCCAGCGCCAUUUCAUUCAUGUCGGGAAGCUCUGGUCAGGUUUCAGGAACGUGGCAUGGCGUUAGAAGAUGAGAUUAAGACGAUGGAUGAAGCUUUGGGGGGGUUGAAAGCUGCAAAUGGGUUUUGCCAAGGUAUCCCGAAGCCAGAGCCGCCUCAGUUUGGAUAUGAGGAUGCCUUGGCGACGCCUGACUCUCUCAUGGACCUGUUGAUUGAGGAACCGAGUAUGGGGGACUGA